CGUGUUCAAUAGACUCCUUGGAGUUUUGGCCACACCAUCACAAAGCUGCAAACUUCCAUGUCUACGGUCUCAGCACUUUACAAAGUCACAUCAAAAUAACGUAGCUACAAUUCUACAAAGGCAACUAUUCACUUCGCAUAUUGAAAUAACCUACCAGAUAUUUGUCUUCGACGAUAAAAGAGCCUCCUUAGAGAGAUGUCGGGUCAGUUGGUUCCGGUAGCCGUGACGUUGAAGCCGGCAAUCCCUUUUCACGGCGGCCGGAGAGCUUUCUCCGUCGUGUCCCGGAAUCUGAAUACUCCAUCUUCAUCGAAGUUGCAACUACCAAAUAUCCCAUCCUCCCAAACACGACCUCUGCUUUCUUAUUCUUCUUCCUCUGUAACUGCUCCGUCCGUCCAAGUCGUCAAAGCUCUGCGGAUUCGACCCAGUCCCGAAUUGGGCCUUGCCUCACUCCUCUUCGUCCUCACCACGGCUUUUGCUGCACUUUUCUCCCUUGCUAUAUUUUCCAUUCCAACUAUCAAUGCUUUGAGAAAAUUGGCAACUUCAGUGGACAAGCUAUCCCAUGUGGUCUCCGAGGAGGUACCUGGAACUCUGCUUUCUCUGAAACUCUCUGGCCUUGAGGUCAAUGAUUUAGCCAAACAGCUUACCGGUAUAAGUAAUUAUGGUUCGAAAUGGAACUCGGAAGGAGGCAUCCGUUGAUGAAACUGCUUCAUAUACUUUGUGUGAGAUGAUUGCCUACUGGAUUCAACUACAACUUAGAAAACAAGUAUUACCUUCUUUACAUGCAUUGCCUAUUUGAUCGAUAUGGUUUUCUUAAGAUAAAACUCAAAUGCUAUGAAAGGAAUUAAUUCCACCAAAACCUCCCAGUUUUAAUCUGUUCUUAAAAUUCUUCUUUUAUAGUUCAUAACUUGGAUUCAAUGUUCAGUAUAUACUUGAAGUUGAAGAAAGGUGUUCUACUGUCUUAGUCUACUUUAGCGGAUUUGUUGCGUUGGAUUUGCCUCCUCCACAAAAGGUCCCCUAUGGUAAAUCACUAUCAUCCUCCUUUACGUCUCAACUUGACACAUUCUUGUGAUUUUGCGCCUCAUUGUAGAGAUGACGGUGCCCCCAACUCCUUGUGUUUGAGGUCUAUGCAUUGUUACGACAUUACUGCAUGCUGCAGGGUUAUUGGAGCUCUCUUUUUGGGUGCAUACCACACGGUGUAAUCUCAGGGUAGGAUUUGCGCAAGCUGCAUAGUGCACUGCAAUCCGUUGAUUUCCACUUCAUUUGUAAAACUCAACCAUCAUAAUGGAAGUGUAAAGAUAUUAUGGAUUGGAUUAUGUGUUUUCUGGCAUCCAAUGUGAUAUGCAGGGCCUUUUGUAGUUGUCCAUAAAUAAAGUACAUUCCAUCUGAUUCA